AGAGCUGUAGAGAAUAAUAAAUCAUUACAGUAUUACGAUGUUGUUUAAGCGAAUCCACACCGGGAUUGCUAAUGUCCAGUUUCAGUGGACAGGUUUUCACAGUGCUUCCUCUUCUGGAAAGAGUCUAAGCUAAGUAGAGCAGGGCAUUCUGGGGAAACUACAGCCUGUUAAAGGUAGCAUGGUCUGCUCCAAGCAGAGAGUUUUCAACACCUGUAAGGUAGCAUGUUUCUUCUAACAACGCCAACCUAUCAAAAUCACACCUAAAAUGGCUCAUUUGGAAAGGCAAAGAAAGCAUUAACAUUCGAGUUGAGAAAGAAAUGACAUGCAGCGCGUGAUGGAUGGUCACCGUGUGCUGACAAACUUCUGGAGGUCCCCACACCAUUGGCGCCGUGACGACUCACGUGACCAGCAGCUGAGGUAUAGAUGUGUAUAGGGAAGCAGGAGCAAAUACUCUGGAGGUAAUCAUUUUCUUUUUUUUUUUUUCCUCAAGACAUACUGCUGCGAGGUUGUAGCUCGAGCAAUUUCAAAUUCGCGUCUUUCUCCUCUUCACCAUCAGAUGCGCAUGGACAAUUCUAGAAUGAACUCAUUUUUGGAGUACACAAUCUGCAACCGGGGAACAAGCACUUACCCCCCAAAGUCUGGAUACCAUCAUUUGGAUCAGGCUUACUCCAGUCCCUUUCAGUCCGGUGACAGCUAUAACACUGAUGGACGACUUUACGUAGGGGGCAGUGCGCCGGCGGCCACGGCACAACAUCAGCACCAGAGUGGAGGCUACGCGCAUCACCAGCACCAAAAUCAAACCAGUGCUAUGGGCCUUUCAUCUUACAGUAGCACAAGCUAUGGAGCGCACGCCUCUGCCACCCCGGACUACGGUCAUCAGCAGUAUUUCAUGAACCACGAACAGGAUGGAAUGUAUUAUCAAUCUUCUGGGUUUGUUGCUCCAAGUGUCGGUCCUAAUUACGGGUCCUUGGCCGGUGCGUACUGUAGCACGCAGGGAGCAGUUCCGGUGGCGCCAUAUCAACACAUGAACGGCUGCGAAGGCCAGGACCACCAACUCCUCUACGGCCAGGGUACAUACGCCGACCUAUCAUCCUGCCAGCAGAAGGAGACAGGCUCGGAUCAAAUGCCAGGGAAGACCUUUGACUGGAUGAAAGUUAAAAGGAACCCUCCGAAAACUGCAAAAGUGACAGAGUACGGCCUGGGUCCACAAAACACAAUCCGUACAAACUUCACCACAAAACAGCUUACAGAGCUCGAGAAAGAGUUUCACUUUAGCAAAUAUCUGACACGAGCUCGCCGGGUGGAAAUCGCUGCCACGCUUGAACUGAACGAGACACAGGUGAAGAUUUGGUUCCAGAACCGACGAAUGAAGCAGAAGAAACGUGAAAAGGAAGGACUCGCUCCUACAUCCUCCACCACAUCUAAGGACUUUGACGAAAACUCGGAUCAUUCGACAACAACAUCUCCAGGCACAUCUCCAAGUCCUGAGACCUAGGGAACUGAGAGGAACUUAAGGUCCUAAUAUGAACUAUACAGGCUUUUAUAAGAUAAAAUAUUUCCUGAAAUAUUCCAAAUCAUGUCGAACAGACCUUCAUUUUGAAACAGGACACAGGCUAUAGGCUACAUUUUACCUUAUCUUUGAUCUGAAGGGGAGCUAACAGUUUGUCCUACAGCAACAUAUGUGGAGUAAAUUUAAACAAGAUGAACUCCCAUUUCUAAUUUCUGGGCUAAUUCAGGGUACCUGUUCCGGCUUUCAUCCAAAAGUCAGGAAUGCACUUUUAGCAUGUUUACAAGUCUCUAAAUGGACCUUUCAUUUACAGGGAGUCUAUAAGGGCAAAUAAUAU